CGGUGAGGCGGGCCCGGCUAGUCCAGUGGCCGCGCUCCGGUGUCGCGGCCCCAGAAGGCCGAGGCGGAAGUGGAACGGCCACCCCGGGUAGCGAGGGCGCGGGGUUAGCGGGCGCGGGGUGCCGAGGAGGGGCUCGGGGCUCAGGAAGGGCGCGUGCGCGGCGACAGUCUCCGGGGGAAGAGGCAGGGCAAGGCUAGGUGCCGGGGGGCUGGUGGUCGGGGCAUCCAGUCUGGAAGAUGCACAAGAGGAAGGGACCCCCGGGACCCCCAGGCCGAGGCGCCGCCGCCGCCCGCCAGCUUGGCCUGCUGGUCGACCUCUCUCCAGAUGGCUUAAUGAUCCCCGAGGAUGGAGUGAACCAUGAGGAACUAGAGACUGAGUUGUUGGCCUUGGUGGGGGGUCAGCCCCCAGCCCUAGAGAAGCUCAGAGGCAAAGGUCCCCUGCCCAUGGAGGCCAUUGAGAAGAUGGCCAGGUUGUGUAUGCAAGACCCAGAUGAGGAGGAGGAGGAGGGGACAGACGACGAUGACGUGGAGGCCGACGACGCGCUGCUGGCGGAGCUAAACGAGGUCCUCGGGGAAGACGAGAAUGUGCUAGAGCCCCCGCCACCUGUGGCCCAGCUGAAGCCCUCGGCCCCCCACCUGGGGCUGGAGGCCACCCUGCAGGAGCGCCUGGCCCUCUACCAGUCAGCCAUCGAAAGCGCCAGGCAAGCUGGGGACAGCGCCAAGACACGGCGCUAUGACCGGGGGCUCAAGACGCUGGAAAACCUGCUGGCCUCCGUCCGGAAGGGCAAUGCCAUCGAUGAAGGGGACAUCCCGCCACCUGUGGCUGUAGGAAAGGGCCCAGCAGCUACACCCAGCCACAUGCCUGCACCUCCCCCGCUGGUCCCCACAAACCCGCCCACCCCGGAACCCAGGGUCACCCGGGAGAGCCCUCCUGCCUCCGCCCCAGGCUCGGCUAAGCCCCGGCUGCCCCCAGGCCCCUGCAGCCCUGGCCCCCUGGCCCAGCUGCAGAGCCGCCAGCACGAGUACAAGCUGGCCGCCCUUCACGCCAAGCAGCAGGGAGACACAGCUGCCGCCACCAGACACUUCCGUGUGGCCAAGAGCUUCGAUGCCGUGUUGGAGGCCCUGAGCCGAGGGGAGCCCGUGGACCUGUCCCGCCUGCCCCCUCCACCUGACCAGCUGCCCCCAGACCCACCGUCACCAACACCGCCGCCCCCAGCUCCUGCCACAGCACCCACCACGCCAGAGGCUCCCCCGCCCCCGCGGACCCUCCUGGAGGCCCUGGAGCAGCGGAUGGAGCGAUACCAUGUAGCUGCGGCCCAGGCCAAGGCCAAGGGUGACCAGCGGAAGGCCCGCAUGCAUGAGCGCAUUGUCAAGCAAUACCAAGAUGCGAUCCGAGCCCACAAGGCGGGCCGAGCCGUGGACGUGGCUGAGCUGCCGGUGCCCCCAGGCUUUCCUCCCAUCCAGGGCCUGGAGGCCAGUGAGCCUGCCCAGCAGAGCCUGGUGGGGGUCCUGGAGACGGCCAUGAAGCUGGCCAGCCAGGACGAAGGCCCGGAGGACGAGGAGGAUGAGGCCCUGAGGAAGCAGCAAGACGGCUCCUCGGCCCCGGUGGCCCAGCCCAAGGCCCCGCCCCCAAAGGCCCCCCCAUCAGGAUCAGCACCAACAGCCAAAGCAGCCCCCAAAGCCCCGUCCACCAGAGCCCAGCAGCAGCUGGCCUUCCUGGAGGGCCGCAAGAAGCAACUCCUGCAGGCCGCUCUGCGCGCCAAGCAGAAGAACGACGUGGAGGGUGCCAAGAUGCACCUGCGCCAGGCCAAGGGGCUGGAGCCCAUGCUGGAGGCCUCCCGCAACGGACUGCCCGUGGACAUCACCAAGGUGCCGCCUGCUCCUGUCAACAAGGACGACUUUGUCCUGGUCCAGCGGCCCGGCCCAGGCCUGUCUCAGGAGGCCGCCCGGCGCUAUGGCGAGCUCACCAAGCUGAUCAGGCAGCAGCACGAGAUGUGUCUGAACCACUCGAACCAGUUCACCCACCUGGGCAACAUCGCCGAGGCCAGCAAGUUUGAGAAACUGGCAGAGGGCUGCAAGCAGAGCAUGGAGACUCUGAAGCAGGCCUUCGCCCGAGGUCUCCCAACGCCCGCCGCCCGCUUCGAGCAGAGAACAUUUAACAUCAUCAAGAUCUUUUCCGACCUAAGCAGCAGCGACAUGCUCCUCUUCAUCGUGAAGGGCGUCAACCUGCCCACGCCCCCAGGGCUGUCCCCCGGCGACCUGGACGUCUUUGUGCGGUUCGACUUCCCCUAUCCCAAUGUGGAGGAAGCUCAGAAAGACAAGACCAGCGUGGUCAGGAACACGGACUCGCCCGAAUUCAAGGAGCAGUUCAAGCUGGGCAUCAACCGCGGCCACCGCGGCUUCCGCAGGGCCAUCCAGACCAAGGGCAUCAAGUUCGAAGUGGUGCACAAGGGGGGGCUGUUCAAGACCGACCGCGUGCUGGGGACAGCCCAGCUGAAGCUGGACGCCUUGGAGACAGCCUGCGAGGUCCGGGAGGUCCUCGAGGUCCUUGACGGUCGCCGGCCCACGGGGGGGCGGCUAGAGGUGAUGGUCCGGAUCCGGGAGCCGCUGACCACUCAGCAGUUGGAGACGACGACUGAGAGGUGGCUGGUGAUCGACCCCGUGCCAGCGGCUGUGCCCACACAGGUCACUGGGCCUAAAGGGAGGGCACCGCCCAUUCCUGCCCCCUCGAGGGAGCCAGGGAACAGGUCGGCCCGGCCCCUGCACAGCCUCAGUGUGCUGGCCUUCGACCAGGAGCGAUUGGAACGGAAGAUCCUGGCCCUGAGGCAGGCGCGGCGGCCGGUGCCCCCCGAGGUGGCCCAGCAGUACCAGGACAUCGUGCAGCGCAGCCAGUGGCAGAGGGCACAGCUGGAGCAGGGGGGUGCCAGCGUCCGGAGGGAGUAUGCGGCCCAGCUGGAGCGCCAGCUGCAGUUCUACACCGAGGCCGCCCGGCGCCUGGGCAACGACGGCAGCAGGGAUGCUGCCAAGGAGGCGCUGUACCGGCGGAACCUGGUCGAGAACGAGCUGCAGCGGCUCCGCAGGUGAGGGCCUGGCGCGCGGGCAGCCAGCCCUCGGCCCCUGCUGCUGGGAAGAGCUGACCCGGCCGCCAAGCAGACAAUCAGCGGACAGUACAUUCCGGACUCGUCCCCCAUCCAGGCCCCCAGCCCAGCUGGAUGCCCCGACAGGGCCAUCGGGGACAGUGCCCCUCACCCAGGCCUGGCUGGUUGGGCCCGGGGAGUCCUGUUUGCACAUCCCAAGGGAGGGCGGCGGGGACCCAGCCACGAGAGCCCUGCAAGCACUUUACUUCCUGUCCCCCAGCCUCAGCCCCUCAGCCCUCCCACCACACCCCAAAGAAGCCACCAAGGCCACUGAGCCCUGCGGCCCCCGGGGGUUGCACCUGCCCAGGGCCCCAGGACCGAACGUGGAAUAAACAGCCAGGGUCACACCGGCUCA